GUUUUUGACAGCGAAACAGGCGAACUACUCCAUCAUCAAUAUUCCCGACACCCACAUGAUGUUAGUGCAUUCAAAAAUCCAACUUUGUGGCAGUUCGAGCUCGAGCUUCACUCUAGGGCCGCCGUGGAAUUACAGCCACCAUUGACGUAAUAUCAUAUAUAUGCAACAACCAUGCCGCAUAGUACCGUUCAUUAUCAGUAGUCUCCGCUAGACAGACUACUAUAGACGAAGAUAUAGUCCGCGUUUCUUCCAACAACGGCCCGUCUGCCCUAGUGAACAGAACACGGAGAAUGCCCUUCUUUACAAGGAAGAGGCAGCCUAGCGCAAACCAGCUCACUGCCUCAUCCGCAGCAGCCCCCCUCGCUCAACAACGUCAACAAGCUCACGAUGUUAUAUCAAUCACACAACAGCUGCUGCUGCCGUCCCAAUCUCAGCAGCAGCCACCCAUAGGCACCCAACAGCCUCAACAACGGCCAAGUUAUCCCUGGUCUGUACAGCGCCUACUCCUCCCUCCCCCCCUCGUUAUCCCGAAACCUGACGUGAUCGCACCAACUUCACCUUCACCUCUUCCAUUCCCUCGCUAUGGCCAUGCACUUCCAGCGACAGCCACUGUUUCGGGAGACUUGUAUCUUUUUGGUGGUCUCGUCCGCGAAAUUGCCUACAAUGAUUUAUAUCUUUUUUCUACCCGCCAUCUGUCCGCAACUCUUGUCCAGACAAGUGGUGAUAUACCCUCGCCCCGAGUCGGUCACGCGAGCGCCAUCGUUAGCAGCAUCAUCAUCGUAUGGGGAGGCGACACCACCUUUACCGAUCAGUCAGAAAAGCAAGAUGAUGGCUUGUAUCUUCUGAACAUCGUUUCACGAGAGUGGACCCGCAUACCAAUGCACGGUCCUGCACCUGCUGGACGGUAUGGUCAUACUGCUACUAUGGUUGGCACCAAAUUUUUCGUCUUCGGAGGUCAGGCAGAUGGCGAAUUCCUGAAUGACCUCUGGUCAUUUGAUCUCAAGACUCUACGGACAACAACAGUUUGGGAGCUGUGUCAACCCUUCGGAGCCGCCCGUCCUGCCCAACGCACAGGACAUGCCUGUAUAACAUACCAGGAUCGCAUCAUCGUGUUCGGAGGAACAGAUGGCUUAUACCAUUACAAUGAUACAUGGUCGUAUAACACUAAUACAAGGACCUAGUCGGAAUUGCAAUGUAUUGGCUUUAUUCCAUCACCCC